AUGCCUUACAUUGAGAUCAAUGGUGUAAAGGAGUGGAGGAACACCACGCUGGACGACUUUCGGCGGAUCAUUAUCGAAAAGCCGACGAUUAACUUUGGCAGCAAACUUCCCAAGGGCCAAAAGGGAAGCCAAAGCCUUGAGAAGCAAUAUGAGGGCCUCUUUGAGGCUGUCACCACUCUCGUCAAAGCUGUCUUUGAGAAAGAACUUGGCGAUGGGAUCACUUGGACAAGGCGUUUUUCCAAUGAAUUCUGCCGAUAUCUGCAGCUCAUUGCUCGCAACGACCUCAACGCCACGGGGAAGGACCGGGACUGUCUCUUCGAUCACCCAGAGAAACGUUGCUAUGUAGUCGUCGCCAUGGUUAUGCGGGUUCUUGAGAAGAAUGUACUCUCAAGCCUCCUUUUCGGGUCCGACAGUUCACAUCUGGCUCACUUGGACUGUCUGGAUCACAAGGAGAACAACGGCGUGUUUGCAAAGAGUACUAUGAUCGCUGAUGCGAAUCUCGAUUACCUGUCUCGCUACGUCGAUCUGCAGCCCCCGAAGUUCUGGCACGAAGCUCGCCGAGUGACGUCUCAAAUCUUCACUUUGCUUCUUCCACUGUUCAACGUUGUACAGAGACACACCCCUCGCGAUGCUGAUCUUCACGACUUGGCCCAAGGCGUGUAUAGUGCGGUUGUACACGCAGCUUGGCUCAAUGUUCAGGUCCGAACUGCACGCGGAAUUGUCACUUACACCUGGGUAAUGCCCGGCGAGCACAAUGAGGACGACCAGAUCAACUUGUCACCUACUUUGUACGCAACGUCGUGUGCGCUGGCUAAAGAUGUUCCCGCGGCUCGUUCCGCCGGUGAAGGUCGCGCUCGAGUGCUGUACAGUGUUGUGCCGAAAGUUGUCCAUUUCGAACUCAAGUCGGGACAAGAUGAGCAUUACUACUCACGUACUCUACUAAGAUCGCGGGUCGUCUACUACGCUGGGUUGGCGGAUCCUGCUGAGGACGCGCAGAGCCUUGACCCUGAUUUCGGCCUUGCAUUUGAGAGGCUUGAGAAGCCACUCUUCAUCAAGGCUUUGCCAGCCCUGUUGGUCCUCAUUGCUCUUGACAUGAGUGAUGGUGAUUUCACAUUUCUCAGUUGA